AUGAACUUUGUACCCAAUAAUGUCUCCGGUUUCGAUUUCCACUCGAGAUCCCCGUCAACUCCUCAUUCACAGGGAGAGGCAUUCGGCCAUCCCCUUUUCGAGUCAAUAGUGGUGCGACAAAGCGAGACUCGGGAUGAUUCACGGUGCGCAACUGGGCGUGAAUCUGGCUUGCGGUGGCUCACGGUGGUGCUAACGGGUAUGGGUCGCGAUGGGGUUGCACCGCGCUGUGCUAGGGUUAAGGGUGGAGACCGUGAGAGUGGAGUUUGCAAUGGAGAGGAAGGAAGGGUGGAAAAGGCGAAGGCGCGGUAG